AUGGGUAAUAGCCAAGCCGAGAUCUGCAACGAUACGUCUAUUCACAAAGCCAUGUUCAAUUUCAAAUACAUCAUAGGCCGCGGUGGAUUUGGAAAAGUCUGAAAAGUAGAACUGAAGCGAAGCAAAACCACUUACGCGAUGAAAGAAAUGCAAAAGCUCAAAAUAGUUUCGAAAAAAAGUGUAUAUUCAGUUAUGAACGAAAUGAAACUGUUAUCCAAAUUUCAGCAUCCUUUCAUAGUAAACAUGCAAUACGCUUUUCAAGACAAAAGUAACUUAUACCUGGCUAUGGAUUUAAUGCCAGGUGGAGACUUGAGAUACCAUUUUGGGAGGAUGAAGAGGUUUGAUGAGCAGCAAACAAAGUUUUUCACAGCAUGCAUUAUGAGCGGACUUGAGUAUCUGCAUGUGCAUGGGAUUAUUCAUAGAGAUAUUAAGCCAGAAAAUAUCGUUUUAGAUGAAAGUGGGUAUGCACAUAUAACUGACUUUGGAAUUGCUGGGAUUAUUAACCCCAAAAAUUAUAAAGACACUUCUGGAACUCCAGGGUAUAUGGCUCCAGAGGUUUUGUGUAGGAAAUCACAUGGGAUUGCUGCAGAUUAUUUUGCAUUGGGGGUGAUGAUUUAUGAAUUCAUGAUGGGCAAAAGGCCUUAUGACGGAAAAAAUAGGAAAGAAAUUAAAGAGCGAGUUCUUGCGAGGCAAGUUCAGCUAAAAAAAUCCGAUAUCCCAGCAGGAUGGUCUCUCGAAGCAGCCGAUUUUGUAAAUAAAUUAAUUCAAAGGAAGCCUGAAAACAGACUUGGAAAUAAUGGUCCUCAAGAUGUAAAGAAUCAUGUAUGGCUCAGAGAUUUUCCAUGGCCAAGCUUAUAUGAUAAAACAAUGGCUUCGCCUUAUCUUCCAGCUAAAUCUGAUAAUUUUUCACCUAAUGUAGAACUCGAUUUUCCAGGAGAUGAUGACAGCGAAGUAAGCCUUAAGCUCGAUACAGUACAAGAGAUGUUUAAAGGAUAUCACUAUGAAUGUAAAAAGCAGAAUAGUAAGUCAGAAUCAACUCUUUCUAGUCAAUAA